AAGCAAAAACAAGUUGGUGUAAAAGCAGAGUGGGCGUGACUUGUGCGGGUUAUUUGCAUACUGCGCAGUAUUUAUUGGGUGAUUGAGGCGCUACACAUCACUCUGCUCCUGCGACAACGAGGCGUGCUUUCUGUUGGUUCUCUACCUAAAACCCUGAGCCUCUGCAAACAUGUCUGACAAACCUGAUGUUGGUGAAGUCGAACGCUUUGACAAAUCCAAGCUGAAGAAGACGGAGACUCAAGAGAAGAACACAUUGCCAACCAAAGAAACCAUCGAACAGGAAAAGGCAGAGUCAUCAUGAAGACCAGUCCUCCCCUGCAGUGUACAUUCCACAAGCUUCUGCCCUGUUUUUCCCAAAACUUCACCAACAUGCAUUUCUGACUAAUUGACUUAACAAUGGCUGUACACCUCCCACACCACUUGUUCGCCCAAAAGGCAGUCUGUACAGUAUGGAAGUGUGGGUUUUCUGGUCAUCUGUUGCUGCAUCUGCAUCUCCAGAGUGGCAUCAAGGAGCAGGUGUGCUGUGAAACAUCUGAUGGACCUACACUUGGUUAUUUGUAGCCCUACUCUGGCCACUUGUGAAUGCUUUCAAGUCAAACUGUUUUGUAUAAAAUCUGGAAUGCACAAGUUUGUUAAAUAUGGAAAAUGAAAUAAAAAGUAAACUAAA